AAAGAUGCUUCAAAGAUGAAAAGUGGGCUUCUGUUUGUAAAACUGGUUAACCCAUGUUCAGGGGAAGGAGCCAUUUACUUGUUCAAUAUGUGUCUACCGCAGCUGUUUGAAAUAAAAGUUUUCAAGGAAAAAAACCAUUCUUGGUUUAUAAAUCAAUCAGUUCAAUCAAGAGUUCUUCUUCACUUUGCCACACCCAUGGACCCUCUGUUUCUGCUUCUCCACUCCCUUACAAAGGCUGAUAGAGAGGGAAAGUUUCAGCCCCUGGAUCAAGUUGUGAUGGAUGACAUGUUUCUGAAUUGCAUCUUGUUGCUGAAACUUCCUGAACUUAAGAAGUUACUUCGACAUGUGACAGAGGAGAAAGAAAUAGACAAGAAGAAAUAUUACAAGUACAGCAAAAAGAAGACAUUAAAAUGGCUGGAAAAAAAGGUUAAUCAGACUAUGGCAGCAUUAAAAACCAAUAGUGUAAAUGUCGGUGCCCGGGUACAGUCUACUGCAUUUUUCUCUGGUGACCCGGUUUCCAGUGACAAGGAAGAGGAUUGUAUUAAUUAUGCCCAUGGUCUGAUAUCUGAUUACAUCCCUAAAGAACUAAGUGAUGACUUAUCUAAAUAUUUAAAGCUUCCAGAACCUCCAGCUUCAGUGCCAAACCCUCCAUCAAAGAAAGUAUCAGAUGAGCCCGUAGAAGCAAAAGAAGAUUACACUAAGUUUAACACUAAAGAUUUGAAGACUGUAAAGAAAAAUAGCAAAAUGACUGCAGCUCAGAAGGUUUUGGCUAAAGUUGACAAGAGUGGAAUGAAAAGUAUUGAUUCCUUUUUUGGUGCAAAACAUGUUUAAAAAAACUGGAAAGAUUUGAAACACUGA